AUGUCGUUUAUCGAAGGCAUCGGUGAUGAUUUUCUCUACGUAUUGAUAUUUCUCCUUUUUCUCGGCAUUGUAUCUUUUUCUUGGCUAUCAACCCAUGUGAAUAACAUUCAUUCACCUCCCACAUUAUUCGUUAUUGAACGACGAAGUCACCGUAGGAAUGACGAAGAAUCAGAAACCAUCAGUCCGACCUCAUCACCGAACUUAAAUGAACAAUCACCAACAGCUUUAUCUGCAAAUGAGAUAUUAACUGAGCAUGACUCCGAUAUUGAAGCGAGCGACGCAGAUGAAUUUUUUGCUGAGCGAGCGCCCAUGCCAUCUGUAAAUCUCAUCCACACAUCCACAAAUCUAAAUGAAUCUGUGUCUCAAUCAUCUUUCAUCGAAGGCGAAGAUCAAUCAUUGCAAAUCACAAUCAAAUUCUUAAAUGAAACUCAAAAACUGAUCACUGCGAAUUCAAACGAUACCAUUUCCAAAGUCAAAAGAUUGCACUUUCUUGAUGAACUAGCGAAUAAUAAAAUCGUUCGAUUCAUUUAUCAAGGUCGUGAACUGCAAGAUUCCGAAACUCUUCGUUCGUACAACAUUCGCGAUCAAACCGUCAUUCAUUGUCAAAUCAGUCCUCGACGACAUUCAACACCAAAUCGAAUCAACGACGGAGAAAUAUCUCAUACCAACGCGUUCGAUACAUCAUCAUUUCUUGAUACAUCACCAAUUAGUAUAUCUACACAUUUGAUUCUUUUUCUAACAAUAAUUCUCGGAUCUGUUUGGUAUUUGCGCAUCAAAUAUCGUGUUCUUUUUACCCCAAUAUCAACAAUCAUUUUGAUAUUUCUUACAGUUAUAUUUUUAAUAUUUACAUGUGGUCCUGCAUUAACAUCACGUCGGCAAAUAUCAGAUAGAACAAGUUCAAAUCAUGUUCAUCUUGAUUGA